GCGGUCCGGCAACGCCCGCGGCAACAACUCAGCAACGACUUAAAAACAGCUGCAUUUAACCCGAUUUGAUUUGUGAUUUGUGUCCUUCCUUUUAUGAGAUGAUAUGCCGACUCUGCCUGGAGGAUGCUGAGCACGGGGUGCCCAUUUUCGACCAGGACCCGUCUGCGGCGCAACCGGCGAUGCGCCAGCUGCCGGAGCUGAUCGAGCGACAUCUGCAGCUGGUGUUGGCGGCCAACGACGCGGUGUCCACGUGCCUGUGCAACCGCUGCUGUCAACAGCUGACCGAGAUCGAUCACUUCUGCUCCAUGGUGGCGGAAAAGCAGCGGUCGCUGCACCGCUCGCUGCAGCUAAAGACGGAACUGCCGGAGUUGCCGGAACUGGCGGAGCCGGAGCCUGCCUUGGUCGUGUGGAACACGGAGUCGCCCAUCGAGCCGAAGCUCAGCUACGAGGGCGACGACAUCAAGGAUCACAUACUGUGCGAACCGGUCAUAGACGCCCUGUCCGCGGGCGACGAGAAGGACAGCGACUACGGCGACACCUUUGAGCCAGACUUCGAGCAGGAAUUUCAGCCUGAGGAUGAAGAUGAGCCGGAGCCCGAGCUGGAUCCGGUGAAGCCACGCCCCAGGGGCAGGCCACGCAAAACGCCGCUGCAGCAGACGCAUCAGAUCAUCAAGAGGAAGUACGAGAAGCGCAAGCAGCAGAACAAGGCAAAGAUCACAGAGUUAUCUCUGAGGGAGUCAAGAGCGAGGUUACGAGAGCUUAAACGCAGCAGUGCAGGAGCAGAGGAGGAUCAGGAUGAGGACGAGGAUGAUGAUGAGGACGAGGCGGAUGUGGCUCCCGAUGCCGACGAGCAGCCAAAGCCACGCGGCAAACGCGGCCGACCCAAGACCAAGAAACUGGUCACUGCCGACGACAAUGACGAUCCCUCGGAGGCGCCCGUCAAGCGCAGCAGCAUCAAGGAGAUGGACGACUAUAUAGCCUCCAAUGUUAAACUGGACUGCGCCAUUUGCGCUGCUCCGCUGGAGGACUUUAACGAUCUCAAGCGCCACUUUCGCGUGGAGCACGACUGCACCGGCUAUGUGAAGUGCUGCAACAAUCGGUACAAGAAGCGGACGCUGUACGUCGACCAUCUGCACUGCCACAAGGAUCCGCAGUACUUUAGCUGCCAGAGCUGCCGCAAGAACUUCCUCAACCGCAACAGCCAGGUGAUGCACAUGCUGCGCUUCCACUCGCAGCAGCAGGAGCUGGUCCACCAGUGCGCCAUCUGCGAGGCGCGCUUCGCCAAGAAGUUCCUGCUGACCAUGCACCUCAAGGGGCACAAGGGCACCGAGCGGCCCGAGGUGUGCGACACCUGCGGCAAGACAUUCCGCACGAAAUUCGAGCUGAGCGCCCAUGUCAAGCGGAUGCAUGCGGCGGACUUUACGCCUAUCAUAUGCGACAUUUGCGGGACCCAUUUCAGGAGCAAGGCCAACUUCCUCAUCCACAAGAAGGCGCUGCAUCCGGACGGGCCCGUGGCGGAGGUGCAGUGUACCCUGUGCGGCCGCUGGCUGCGGGACGAGCGUAGCCUGCGCAAGCAUCUGGCGCGCCACGAUGACCGCGACGGCGACACCAAGUACCGAUGCCUGCUCUGCAAUGCAGAGAAGUCAUCCCGUGCCGCACUCAGCAGCCACAUGCGGUACCAUCACUCCGCCAAGCGGCACAAGUGCAGUCUCUGCGACAAGGAGUUCAAGCUACCGCGGGCCUUAGCCGAGCACAUGGCCACCCACACGGGCAUCGAUCUGUAUCAGUGCCAGUUCUGCACGCGCACCUUUAAGUCGCACGCCAACAUGCACAACCACAAGAAGAAGAUGCAUCCGAACGACUGGGUGAGAAAGUACUCGCAGCCCAGUAGCAGCAUUACCUCCGCAGCGGCUCCAGUGGCUUCUCAUCCUCAUCCACCACCACCACCACAACCUCCUCAGGCAGUAGUGACUGCACCUGCCACGUUAGCCGGACACAUGCUGCCGCCGCUGGGCGGGAUCAACAACAAGUCCCUGAUCGAAAUACCCGAUCCCGAGGGCUUCGACUUUGUCAGCAACAGCUCCGUGUGCCCCACGCCCGACUGAAUCUGUGUGUGUUUGUCUGCUACUUUUGUGUGUAACCACCCUGCAGUGCCAUUAAUCAACAAAAAAAACUUCAUCUUUCUUGAUGGAA